ACCAGUCAUUUAAAAAUAAUUUAAUAUAUAUAUAUAUAUUAAUUUUGACCUAUAGUUAAUGUAUCUGCUAAUUACCGCGGCGAAUCUUGACGAUGUAUUCUCGUGUACCCCAUCGAUGUGGAUCACCAUAAUAUUUAGCUUCAAAUUAUGGAGUUUGAUGAUGAACAACAAGAAAGUAUGUGAUGAUCGCGCUUGUGAAUUCCAUAUAAUAAAUAUAAUAAAAGAUAGUCGAUGCCGCGGAAAAUAUACUUAUAUUUCUAGUUGAGGACUUGUCUUGAGACGAUAGAAGACGAUUGGUCGUCCCUAAAUACGGAUGCGGAAAGAGCUAUUCUACGGCGACAUAGCGCGCACGGACAGUAUGUCACGAUGACAUACGGAGGUACGUCUUGAGAAGGACAGAACAAUUUCGGGAAUUUUCGGCAGAAAAAUCUCUCUUUCGAUCAUAUCGAUUUCCAUCCAGUCUUUAUGCAGUUUCUGGGAAUUCUUCUGAUAUUUAAGUCGCUCAUCGUGAUACUGUUGGAAGACACGUCCGAGGCGACAAUAACUUCCCUUGCAGCGGAAUCGAAGCUGCCGUUUCGCGUGGAAUACGGCGAGAAAUUCGGUCGAUUCCUCUAUCCGAUGGCGAUACACUGUUACUUGGCCGUAUUCGCUCAUAUCAGUAUCACAAUCGCGGUCGACACCUUCUAUAUUGCUCUAGUACGACACGCGUGCGGGAUGUUCGCGAUUGUUGGAAACAUCCUGGAACAUAUCGGCAAGGAUAGCGACAGCAAUUUUGAACUAAAACCCGACAAGACUAAGGAUAGCAAUUACAGCAAAGCUCUGGAUUGCUUACGCAAACAUCUGCAUGUGAUACAAUUUGCGGAGCUGAUCGAGUCCACGUUCUCGAAUAUUUUCCUAGUCAGUGUUUGUCUGAAUAUGAUCGGUGGAAGUAUGAUCGGUAUACAGGUGAUCCUGAAUUUAAACGACGCGAAGGAUAUCGUAGGUCCUCUCGCUAUCUAUAUCGCUCAACUUAUUCAUCUUUUCCUACAGUUUUGGCCGGCUCAAUUUCUGUUAGAUUAUAGUAUUGUUCCUUACCAAUCAAUUUGCAAAUCAAAUUGGUAUUAUACUUCGGGAAGAUGUCGAAAACUUCUCUUCUUAAUCAUGAACAGAAGCGUGUUACCUUGUAAAAUAACUGCUGGCAAGAUUGUGUCUCUGUCCAUCGAAAGCUUUGGCACGGUUUUAAAAACAUCGAUGUCGUAUUUCACAAUGCUGCGCUCCUUCAAUUAAUUAUAACGACAUUAUCUGUGCGAGCAGUUUGUUAAAUUAUAAAAU